CUAGGGGCUUGAAGAGGAAAAGACUAGACAGAGAGACAGAUGUAGGGAAGGAAAGAAAUAGGGGAAAGAGAGAGAGAGAGAGUACCAGAACCUGGGGAAGACAGAGGGGAGAGAAAUAGACAGUCGCACAAGAAUUGCGGUGGGUUGGCUGGGACCCUCCCUCCCCCCGACCUCCAACUGCAGCGAGGACCACGGGGAGGGGAGCGCGGUGGUGGGCGUCGCAGGGCCGGACCCGGCUCGGCUCCCCUCCGUCGCCACCUCUCACCCCGGGGACCCCUCCGGCCCAGGCGGCCGCCGGAGGCCGGGGAUGGCGGAUUCGUGCCAGAACCUCACGUACGUGCGGGACUCGGUGGGCCCGGCCACCAGCGCCCUGAUGUUCGUGGCGGGCGUGGUGGGCAACGGGCUGGCGCUGGGCAUCUUGGGGGCGCGGCGACGGUCACGCCCCUCGGCCUUCGCGGUGCUGGUCACCGGGCUGGCGGUCACCGACCUGCUGGGCACGUGCUUCCUGAGUCCAGCGGUGUUCGCGGCCUACGCCCGCAACAGCUCGCUGCUGGGCCUGGCCCGGGGCCGCCCGGCGCUGUGCGAUGCCUUCGCCUUCGCCAUGACCUUCUUCGGCCUGGCCUCCACGCUCAUCCUCUUCGCCAUGGCCGUGGAGCGCUGCCUGGCGCUCAGCCACCCCUACCUCUACGCCCGGCUGGACGGGCCGCGCCGCGCCCGCCUGGCGCUGCCCGCCAUCUACGCCUUCUGCGCCGUCUUCUGCUCGCUGCCCCUGCUGGGCCUGGGCCAACACCAGCAGUACUGCCCGGGCAGCUGGUGCUUCAUCCGUAUGCGCUCGGCCGAGCUGGGCGGCUGCGCAUUCUCGCUGGCCUACGCCAGCCUCGUGGCCCUGCUGGUGGCCGCCAUCUUCCUCUGCAACGGCUCGGUCACCCUCAGCCUCUGCCGCAUGUACCGCCAGCAGAGGCGCCACCACGGCUCGCUGGUCCCCAGCACCCGGGCGGGCGAAGACGAGGUUGACCACCUGAUUCUGCUGGCCCUCAUGACGGGCAUCAUGGCCGUGUGCUCCCUGCCUCUCACGAUCCACGGCUUCACCCAGGCCAUCGCCCCGGACAGCAGUGAGAUGGGGGACCUCCUCGCUUUCCGUUUCAAUGCCUUCAACCCCAUCCUGGAUCCCUGGGUCUUCAUCCUUUUCCGCAAGGCCGUCUUCCAGCGGCUCAAGCUCUGGUUCUGUUGCUUGUGCCUGAGGCCUGGCCAGGGCGACUUGCAGACGUCCCUCUCCCAGCCGGCCUCGGGGAGGAAGGGCUCAAGGGCCCCCACUUCUCUCGGGGGGAAGGAUGGGAGCUGGGUGCAUUCGUCAGCCUGGGGCGAGGGGCAGGGGGCACCCUUGCCUGUCCUACAGCCAUCCAGCAGCACCGUGGGAACACCGUCCAAAGUGGGGUCCGAGACAGCCUGCUCCCUCUGCUGACAUCUGCCCCGUGAUCUCCUGCCCUGUCUUCCGAGAGCAGCAGCCAGAAAUUCAGGGGCUUGACCGGUGGCUGCGGGUGGACAAGCCCAGAGCUGGAUCCUGGAGCCCAGCCGGCCAGAAUGUUGACCCCCUGGAUUCAGGGGGGUGAUCAGCUGCUAUUUCUCCUCCUUCGGGGUGGCCACGAUGGGCUGUGGGAGGAGGGAGAGAGGGAGAGGAAACAAUUAUCCUGGAGCAUAAAAAGAACAGUUCUCUCAAAAUAUCCAGUGGCCUGGGUGGCCUGGUCUGGCCCUCGCUUUGCCUAUCCAUCUUGCUGUCUAAAUAUUUAGAAGGCAGAAAAGUUCCCAGCAGCUUCUGUGCACUCAGGUCUGCUCUGGUUAGGGUUCUGGCUCUGAUCCUCAUUCAUGCAGGGUGCCCUGGAUGCCCACCCCAAACCCCCAGCGGACAGUCCUGCCCUCUCCCAGUCCACUCCAAGAGCCACCCUCUCUCUGCCUCAUGGGAGCCCAGGAUUCUCCGACAAGCUCCCUGCUUCCCUUUACUUCUGAUUCCCCAUCAGACUUGGGAGGCCUGGUCCCCACAGGGGAGGUGAAGAAGGGGAGACUGUUGCAUUGUGGGUGACACCACUGGACAGGUGCCUGGAAACUGCAUGGCUUGGUGAGUUGCAAGAUGUGGAUGGUGGGGCCCUGGGCUGGGGGAGAAGCUGGGGAAUGAAGCGGUGGGAGGCACGGAACCCAGGGACGGCCCAAGAACUCAGACCUAAGUCCUGUGCCUGUCCCUAUGCCCCCUCUCAGAGCCUCACUUCACCGCCUGUGUCCUGGGAACUGCCACCCAAAUGUCAUUCAUUCAUUCAUUCAUUCAUUCAACAUAGUGGGCGCUGACUCUACCAAGUGCUGGGGACACAGAGCAGUCUCGGCCCCACCCUGGAUUCCUCUGGGGUGAUUUCCAGCCUUCAAUUCCCCUUCUGAUUGCUGGGGUGUUGUCCAGCCAUCCACCCCUCCCCCCUUCUCGUUGCCAUCCCCUGCCCUCAGGUACAGAAUUCAAGGGUUUUCCAGGAGUGAACAUGAAAGGAAGUGGUGCUUCUGCUGGUGGGAGGAGGUGAAUGGGAAAGCGCCCCCCAGACUCACCCCCAGCCCUGGGUUCCCCUUUCUCACUUGGCUUCAGGGUUAAAACAAUAAAUCUGCCCCUGGGGAGGGCUGGAGGAGUAGAUGAGGCAUGAGCUUCCUAUAAAGGCAAUAGCGGCGGCCAUGGAACCCGUGCCCCCUGCAGUGGAAGCCCAGAGCCCUAACCACUGGACCACCAGGGAAGUCCCUGGUCUAUCUUUUUAGCUUCUUAGCUCAGAUCACUGUUGGGCUGAGGAGUUUGCUUUGGUUUCCUUUUGCGCAGAAUGGUGAUCAUAAUCUAAUACUUAGCUUACAAGGCCGUGCUAAGGAUUAAAUGAUUCCCCCGAAAAGCAGUUUAGCACAGGGCCUGGAGUAAAGCCCACAAUACGGGUUACCGUUACUGCCGUUGUUAUUGUUGUGGCUACUGUAGUGGUCUUUGGCAUCUGGGCAAAUGCUGUUUGAAAACAACGCUUUUCUCCAUUGCUUUGACUUCUUCCCACCAGACGUUAUGUUUCAUUUGAAGGGGUGUCUGCGAGAGUUAAAAAUAGGUCAAACAACUGCUUAAUGCAUGUGGGGUUUCCUUUUGGGGUGAUGAAAAUGUCCUGGAACUAGAUAGCGGCGGUGGUUGUACAACGUCAUGAAUGUACUAAAUGUCACUGAAUUGUACUUUUUAAGAUGGUUAAAAUGGUACAUUUUGUGUUAUGGGUAUUUUACCACAAUAAAAAAAAAUGUAAUACUGAAAAAACAAAUUGAGGAAGUUUAGAAACUGUUAUA